GCGCUCCCCCCACCCUCGUGACCUUGGCCCAGGGCGCGAGGCACCGCCGCACCGGGGGUCCCCAGCCUCUCGCUGAGCCCCCAGCCGCGAUGAGCGCGUCCCGCCAGCCGGUGCCUUGGCCCUGGCUGCGGCGGCGGCUGCUGCCGCCACUGCUGCUGCUGCUGUUCUUGGCCCCGCGCCCCCGCGUCCGCGGCGACCCCGUGCCACCGGUGCCACUGCAGCCCAGCCCGGAGCCCGAGGCGGAGCCCGGCCCAGACCCCCCGUGGUGUCCCUACAAGGUGCUGAGCGAAGGCCAGGAGGCCGGCACCGGCCGCCUGUGCUUCCGCAACCCGGAGCCCGAUUUCCGUUGCCAGCAGCGCCUGUGCAAGGCGUACCGCUCGGCGGGGCGCACGCUGGUUGCCAACGUGCUCCGCAACAGCAGCGUCCUGCUGCAGUGGCGCCCGCCGCCCGCCGCGCCGGCCCGCGAGUUGCGCGGCUUCGCGCUCAACUGCUCCUGGGACGGCAGCUACACCCGCUUCCAGUGCGACCGCGUGCAGCUCGGCGCCUCCUGUCGCGACUACCUGGUCCCCGACGUGCACGACAGCGUGCGCUACCGCCUGUGCCUGCAGCCACUGCUGCGCCGGCCUCGUCGGGAGCCCUCCCUUCCGGGCGCCCCGCCGUCCCCGACGCCGCCGCCUCCGCCGCCGCCGCCCGCCGAAUGCGUGGAGUUCGCGGCCGAGCCGGCUGGCAUGAGGGAUAUCGUCAUUGCCAUGACGGCCGUCGGGGGCUCCAUCUGCGUCAUGCUCGUAAUCAUCUGCCUGCUGGUGGCCUACAUCACGGAGAACCUCAUGCACCCUGCCUUCGGGCGCCCCAGGGGCCGCAGACAGCCCUGAAGGCCCGGCCGAGGGGUCGGGCGGCUGCUGCUCUGGGGUCGGCGAGCCCAGGCCCGAACAGCCUGCCGGGCAGGUGGGCGGAC